AUACACUGGCAGCUAAAAGGCUAGGAUAUCGCUGGGCCCCGAGGUAUGAUCAGAAAUGGCUUUGUCCAGCCGGUGGAUGACUACGGCGAUAAGGAGUCCUAACCCCCAUAGGGGAGUAAGGUAUGAGCACCAGCUACAUACGUUUCGUGGUCAUUUGGUGUCAAGAUGGAGAGAUAACGGUAUUCACGAAGCUGAUGGUUCAUUUUGCCAACCUUCUUCUGGGUUGUCCCGCGUGGAAGUUUGUCAUCAAAUUUAACCACCACACAUGCUGGCAAACAUUACUGAGCAGAUUACUUCGAUGGCUCGAAGUACAACUCUGGAUGCAGCAGCUCAAGUGUAUGUACCGUCCAGACUAUUGUUUGCUUGGCCCCUCAAACCGCCUGCGGUAGGGCAUCAUAGGUACAGCCGCUGUGCGGCCCCUGCCAGUUCAAUACCAAUAAACCAAAUGAUAUAGGGGAUAUACAGUGCAAUGUAACAACAUC